UACAAAGCAAAUCUUUACCACACCAGUCUUAAAUGUCCUUAUCUGUCUUUUACAGAUCAUGUCUACACCAAGUGGAAAAGUCCAGACCGUGCUGGGGCCGGUGGAUCCAGAUCAUCUGGGUCGCACCAUGACCCACGAGCACCUUACUAUGACUUUCGAGUGCUGCUUCGUCCCCCCAGCAGCGGGACAGGAGGACUUGGCCACGGCACCCAUCGAGAUGAAGAACGUUCACUGGCUUCAGCAGAACCCGUACAGCCACCGGGAGAACCUGCUCCUGUGCCAGGAAAUUCAGGCAGUGCGUGAUGAGCUGAUCUGUUUUAAAAAGGCCGGAGGAGGCACGAUGGUGGAAAAUACAACGGCGGGUAUAUCCAGAGAUCUGACCACUUUACGCCAGCUGGCCAAGGACACUGGGGUGCACAUUGUGGCAGGGGCGGGGUACUACGUAGACGUGACUCACACAGACGAGACGAGGAAGAUGACUGUGGAGAAGCUUUCUGCUGUAAUCAUGAACGAGGUGCUGCAUGGCGCUGACGGUACAGAUAUUUGUUGUGGUGUGAUCGGAGAGAUCGGCACAGGCUGGCCAAUCACAGACAGCGAAAAGAAAGUCCUGCAGGCCACUGCACACGCUCAGAAACAGCUGGGCUGCCCAGUGAUCAUCCACCCAGGCCGGAACACUGCCGCACCUAGAGAGAUCAUCCGAAUCCUGCAGGAGGCUGGAGGAGACAUCUCUAAAACUGUCAUGUCUCAUUUGGACAGAACCAUACUUGAUCAUGGAGAAUUGCUGGAGUUUGCAAAGUUGGGCAGCUACCUUGAGUAUGACCUCUUUGGAACAGAAAUGCUGAAUUACCCCUUCAAUCUGGAUAUCGACAUGCCCAGUGACAGCCAGAGGGUUCAAACCUUGGCGUUCCUUAUUAAUGAAGGCUAUGAAGACAGGAUUGUCGUCUCUCAUGACAUUCACACCAAGAACCGUCUGAUGAAGUAUGGCGGCCAUGGCUACUCCCACAUUCUGAAGAACAUCGUGCCGAAAAUGCUUUCCCGUGGCAUCAGCCAAGCACAGGUGGACAAAAUACUGAUCGAGAACCCCAAGCACUGGUUAACCUUUAAAUAAAUAGGACGUGAGUUAAUAAAACACAGACACAUCUGUAAAUUUCUAUCAGAUCUGGCAUUAUUAAUAGUAAAAUGAGGAGAUUUGUGAGAUUUGACACUUCCCGUGACAUAACAGUUUUUUGUUUUUUUUUCAUUUCAUUAAGAAUUUUUUUAACUUUAAGAAUUAUCAUCAUACAGACAUCAAACCUUUAAUUUAAUGUGGGAUUUAACAGUGAUGGUGACCCAAAUCAGUGGCCACGUUUUACUCCUUUACUUUUACUUCUCCCAUAUCUGCUAAUCACUUGAUAGUUUAUUUACCUUUACUUAUUAAGUAGAGUUCAGUUACCUUUCUUCAGUUGUAUAACUUUUGACUGCUAAUAUAUGUGGACAUAUUGUUCAAUCAGUGGAGCCAGUUAUUUAGAAACACAUAGUGGUAUAUACAGAGAAAACACAGGCAGCAAAAUGGGUUAAGAGCUUAAUGGUUUCCAACAUGCACUGUCAAAGGUUUACAGCUUUACAAAUCAGUACAUCUCAGUUCUGAAGAUGCAGACUACACAAGCUCAUAAACAGAGGACUGGAAAAAUCACCUGACCUCAUUUUAAACAAGGGGUGUAAAGCGUAGCACUAUUGGACUCUGUAGCAGUGAGAAUAUUCAUCUCUGGAGUGAUAAGUGUGAUGUCUACAUGUAGAAGCUUUAUGGACUACUUAAAUACAUAAUACUGUAAUAUUUACUGUAAAAUGAAUAAUGAGCUGAUUAUAUUGUUUCAGUAACAUCUUGGAGAACAGAUUUUGUGUAAUAAAACUGGCCUUUCUAAAGCCUUUUGGAUAAAUUGUACUGGUGACUGAGAUCCAGGCCUUAUGACUGAAUUGUGUCCAAGCCUGUUAAUGCCCCUGUGGGAUUUGCAAGUAAAUCCAUGCAGUUAUGUUUUAAAACCUUGUUAAAACCCUUUUAGAAGAAUGGAAGCUGCAGCAGCAAAUAUGAAAACUGAUUCUCACUGAUGUGAUGCUCGGUCGUCUUUUUGCAGCUCCAGAUUUGACUAGAUUAUUUUUCUGUGUGUCUUUUAAAUUAAGAAAAUCCAUUACAGAGACUUCACCUUGGCCACACUGUAAACAUUAUCCAAUUAAAAUAAAAUCUAAAUAGACUCCGAUGCAGUGAAGGA